AUGAUAGGAAGGCCUACAAAAGAAGUGGUUGUUAAGAAAGCACAAGAACACAUUGCAGCGCACCCAAACAGCAACAUGUGCGUAUACACGUGCGCAGGCUAUGUAGACUACCAUUCUCUGCCCACGUACAGGCAGUUUUCUGCCCUGCUGCAGGCAAACCGUGGCAACCCGGCCUGCUGCUAUUUUGAGUGUUUACUUGGAAACCGGCCGAUUAAAAUGUUCUUUUGCAUAAUCACUAAAAGCGAGCCAGAAGGCAAAGCCGCUGUCCAGGCCGUGCAGAAGUGGGCGUCUGCGGCCUUUGCAAAGUAUGAGAUAUCCUACGUUGUGCUCAGUGCGUGCGGAAAUGGCAAGCAAAAGCACCACGUUAUUUUGAACAUGUAUGAGCUUACGACAGACACGCCAGUAUACAUGGAAAGCGUGCUUGCAGUUAGGGACGUAGCCAAAAGGCUAAAAGCAGACACAGGGCUAGAGUGUGUAAGCAUGUACGUGUACAAGUCGGGCCUGCUCCAAACAAUACACUCAAGCAGCUCCAAGGAGGCGGGGGUGCCCUUCAAGCUAGACACGCAGCUUGGCGCAAACGUGGCGGACAUAGACACUUUUUUGGAGUACCGCAAGAGCGAAAACUAUUUUUUGGUUCCCAAGUCUGUGCUCUUUUUGAGCUGGCUCCAGGAGCCUAGAAGGCUUCCGGCAAUUCGGCCUGCUGAAGGGACAGAAGACUCUAGAAUGCCUCUUUUCCAGCAAAGAAAUUCUAUGCUGGCGCCUGGGCACGUUCCCGAGUAUAGUGGGCUUGGCUGGAAAGUUCUGCAUGCAAGGCCAAAGAAAAGGUUUCCAAAAAGCGCGAAGUAUACGGACGAAGAUCUCCUAUCGACGCCCUGCAUAGUGGUUGCCAAGGCUGUCAUGGGGAAGCUUCUGGGCGCCCUGGGCCUGCAUCGAGAUCUGUCCAAGAGGUUGGUUACGUUUAGGCAGAGCCCGACAGGAGGCAUCUACUACUUUAUGAACUUCGGCGAGGCAUGCACAAACAAUAACGCCGGAUGCCAUCAAAACUGCGUGCGAGUUAUACUGGGGUCUUUAGGGACUGAUGUCAGCUGCUGUCUCAAAGAGUGCAACCAAGGGUACCACUCCAAAACCAAAACUCUGAUAAGCCCAAAGUGCUGGGACCUGCUUUUUGGAGGCUUUAAGCGGCGCAGAGCAGGCGAGCCCACGCCCUUGCACCAUGUGCCGGACUAUUCCAACGAGGAUGCUACGGAUCCGAUUUUUGUUACAGAUUCUGAUGAGAGCCUGGAAAAAGAGCCGGCUAUGCGCAUCCAUUCGGUAACCUCGCAGGACGCUCACUCUGGCACUGGGCUGCACCAUCGCCAGCCGAACAGAAAAGAGUUUGACUCUAUAGAAAACUUGGCUUUAACCGAGAGCAUGCAAACCGGCAGCAGCAUAGACACGGGCCUGCACCGCCAGCAUGUCAUUAAAAACAUAGUAAUAAGCAAUGUCAAGAAUGUGUCGGUAAUAUUUAAAAAAAGCCAUAAGCCCAGAAAAGACGCGUUUUCCAAGAGAGGAAAAAAUGCAGAAAAUCCAAAGUGUUCGCGCCGCCCAAUAUAA